CGGAACUGUUGUACACGUCAUUUGUAAAUGAUAAACUGGAGAAUGUUUUUUUCCUCUGAAUGUAAAGACAAAUUUAUGAAUGCAUGAAAAUGGAGGAUGAUGCACCGGUUAUUUAUGGCCUGGAGUUUCAGGCACGGGCUCUGACCGCUCAGACCGCUGAGACUGAUGCCAUCAGGUUUCUAGUGGGCACGCAGUCACUGAAAUUUGAUAACCAGAUUCACAUCAUUGACUUUGAUGAUGAAAAUAAUAUGAUUAAUAAGAGUGUACUGCUGCAUGAUGCUGGUGAGAUAUGGCACAUCAGUGCCAGCCCCGCAGACAAGGGAGUGCUGAGCACAUGCUACAAUAAGACGUCUGAGAGUCGGGUGCUCACAUGUGCGACGGUGUGGAGGAUGCCCCCGGAAUGGGAAUCAGGCAGCCAUGAGUCCCCCGAUGAUUCAUCAAACAACCCGCAGACCUUGGAGCUUCUCUGUCACCUUGACAACACGGCAAACAGCAGUGUGGCCUGUGUACUAUGGGAGCCCAUGAGUGAUGGCAAGCGUAUGAUCUCUCUGGCUGAAAAUCAUGUGCUGCUGUGGGACCUGCAGGAGAGCUCCACUAAGGCCACGAUUUCAAGCAAUGCCACCCUGGAGGGCAAAGGGCAACUGAAGUUCACUGCAGGCAAGUGGAGCCCACAUCACAACUGCACCCAGCUGGCGACAGCCAACGACACUUCCAUUCGUGGCUGGGAUCUACGGAGCAUGAGUCAGAUCUACUGCAUUGAAAAUGCUCACGGACAGCUGGUACGUGACUUGGACUUCAACCCCAACAAGCAGUAUUACCUGGCCAGCUGUGGAGAUGACUGUAAAGUCAAGUUCUGGGAUGUGCGGCACAUCAACGAGCCUGUCAAAUCCUUGGAGGAGCACUCUCAUUGGGUUUGGAGUGUGAGGUACAAUCAUUCUCAUGAUCAGCUCCUGCUCACGGGCAGCAGUGACAGCAGGGUGAUCCUGUCCAACAUGGUGUCCAUCUCCUCUGAGCCGUUUGGACACCUGGUAGAUGAUGAUGAUCUCAGUGACAAUGAGGAGAACCAACAGGAAGAAAAAGGGAAAGAGCCCCUUCAGGACAGCAUCAUUGCCACGUAUGAAGAGCAUGAAGACAGUGUGUAUGCCGUGGAGUGGUCUGAAGCCGACCCCUGGCUGUUUGCCUCACUUAGUUACGAUGGCCGGCUAGUGAUUAACAGAGUACCGCGAGCCCUCAAAUACCGCAUCUUACUGUAGUGCAGAAUGAACUUUGUUUUGGAGCUGACCAACAUCCCAUGCUUCUUCAGAUGUAAAGACUUAAAAUAUUGUUUUGACUUUAUAUGGGAGUUUCAGUAAAAUCUACAGUGUCCGAUGUCUACAGCAGCUGUACUGUUGCUCUAAUGAAUUCCAUUUAUCAGAUUUAUGCUGUAAUUUCCUGACACCUGAUGAUUUUUUUGGACUGCACCAAGAGGUUUGCAAUUCACCUAUAUCAAAAUGAGUUUAUUUAAAGACAGAUAUCUGUGUGUUUUUUUGUAUGUCUACUGUGGGAAAUCAGCACCCUGAAGAUGAAUUGUGAUUAUGUGUCUUAUCAUGUGUGGUUUAACAACAGCAGUGUUCUGUGGAGCUGUCAAAGAGCAUUUAAUUACCGCUGUAUGUUCCCCAUAAAACAGCUUAAAUUAAAGAGCAGGACAUCUCGGGCUUCGGUUUGAUAUCCUUCCUGUCUUUCUCUGCUUAUCUGUCUCUCCUGCUCCUCCUCCUGUUUCUGUAAUUGCAGGAGCUGAGAGUUGUCUGUGAGUGUUCAUUAAAGCAUUCUCUAGUGACGGUCUGUUUUAAUUGUAGCUUGACUCUCCACGUCUCAAGCUGCCAGGGGAAUGCAGCGGUCCAAUCCAUCAAUACCAGGGCCAGCGGAACGACUUCAUAUGUGUAAUGUCAGUGUUCGGUGUCUCGAGCGGUGUGUCUACCCUUUGCAUACUGCAUUCGCAGUGAUGUGGAAAGGUUAAAAUAGGUUUUGUGUUUUGGGACUCUUGCCCUCUCAUGCCUUUUUCACUCUUAAUGGGUCUGUCACGAGCCCUGCCGUCCCUGUUCUUCGGUUGACAUGUGCUGUCAUGGUGAUGUGGGGCUCUAACAUGGAGGAUUUGCAUGAAUCCUUGUCUUCCAAUAAAAAAAUCCCGUGUGACUCCAUGACAUAGCAAGAGUUUGUGUGUGUAUAUCAGAUUUGAGGAGAGUGUUGUAGCACGUUAAC